AUGUCUGCUCAAAAAAUUGAUCUCACCAAAUUGAACCCGGAACAGUUGACCAUGGUCAAACAGCAGUUUGAUCAGGAAUUGCAGCAUUUUUCGCAGUCCCUUCAAGCGCUUAACGUGGCGAGAACCAAAUUCAGAGAGUGCAAAGACGACAUUGAGUCUACUCAGAAACUGGAAAACGGCAAACAAGAGCUUUUGGUCCCACUAUCUGGUUCCUUGUAUGUCAAGGGCUACGUCAAAGAUUCACAAAAGUUUACAGUUGACGUCGGGACCGGGUACUACGUCGAGAAGACAGCUUCGGAAGCUUUUGAAUUUUACGAUAAGAAGAUUGCCAAGCUCAACCAGGAGUCGGUCCAGAUCCAAAACAUCAUCAAAGAGAAAAGUCAGUCAUCUAUGGCUAUUGAAGGCCACAUCCGCCAGGCAGCGAUCGCGCUACACGAACAGCAAAAAACCGCUUCUUCUUCGUGA